CGCUUUGAUCUGCCGGGUGCCCGACUUGUUCCACGCCACCACGGACGAACUGGUUUCCUUUCUCUGCGGACUCCAGGGCUGCGACCGGCCGUUUUCCUAGGUCUCGACCUCUUCCCCUACCCCCAUCUUUCGCUUUUUUCGACUCGCCCUGCGCGACCAUUCGGGUAGUUCGCUUUGCAGAUCGAGUGCUCGGUUUGCCCACCCCAACGUCAGCGGCUCCAUCAUCGGCGUCGCCAUCCCACCCCCUUCCACUUGUCGUUCCACGCCUUCCAGUUCCAGCCGAAGUCGGAGACAGGGUCUUAAGGUUACCCGCACGUGCGCAGACGUCAAUAUCAACCCCAUACCGCCGUCGUGGGUCGGUGUUUCUCUCUUUCGUACGACCACCAUUCCAAAAUCAUUGUCGCCAAAGAUGGACGCGCUCGCCACCCCUGCCACUCAUUCUAGCCCAUCAUCCACGAAGACGGUCGUCGUACUCGGCGCCGCCUACGCGGGUCAUCGUGCGACCCAGCUUCUCAUAGGGUCGCUGCCUUCGGGAUGGCGGGUCGUCGUCAUCGAACGGAAUACGCAUUUUAAUCACCUUUACGCCUUUUCUCGCGUCUCUGUCCUUCCCGGACAUGAGCACAAGCCUUUUAUUCCUUACACCAACCUUCUGCGCACCGAGCAGGAUCUCGCGGAGCCGCGGUCGACCAAGUGCCGCAACUCCUGCCCACACCAGCUGCUCCACGCGAACAUCAUCAAGCUCGAGCCUCAUCGCGUCCACUUCAAGUAUUUAGGCGCAGACAACGCCGAGAAGGAGGCCGACUCCAUCGAGUUCGAUUACUGCGUCUACGCGCUCGGCUCCUCAUUGCCGCCCCCUAUCAACGUUUGGAGUACUUCGGAGGAAUCCCGGAAGAAGCCCAAGCACUCUGGUAUCUGGCAUGGCACCAAGCCCGAGGGCCGCCAGUACCUACGCGAUGAGCAGGACCGCAUACGUGCAGCGAAGUCCAUUGCCAUCGUUGGCGGUGGUGCUCUUGGUAUUCAAUAUGCCAGCGACAUCGCCGACAUCUACCCCAACAAGCAGGUGACCCUCGUCCAUUCUCGUCACCAGCUUCUUCCCCAGUUUGACCACUGGAUGCACGAUGCAGCUGCGCGUGCGCUCACUGAGAUGAAUGUGCGUCUCGUCCUUGGCUCGCGCCUCAACCUCGACGACGUCGACCCCGACGUUAUGGACGAGGGACGCGUGCUGAAGACUGCGUCUGGGGAGUCCAUCCCCGCAGAGCUGAUCUUGAUCUGCACGGGCCAGAAGCCGAACACGCACUUCAUUCGCGACAUGGCGCCAUCGACCAUCAAUCCGUCGAACAACCUGGUGUAUGUCCGCCGGACGCUGCAGCUCGCCGACCCGCCCGAGUACGAGGACGAAGACCCGCUGGUGACCCACUACCCGCACAUCUUCGUCGUCGGCGAUGCGGCGGACGCGUUUGGGGCGCUGAAGGCUGGGCACACGGCUUGGCAGAUGGCGGCGGUGGCCGCGUACAACAUUGUCGCCUUGAUCCGUGGCGAGGAUGAACUGCAGGAGUACACGCCGCCGCCACCUGCGAUCAAGGUGUCGCUGGGUUUGACCCAGGCAAUAUACCAGAGCCGUGGCGUCCACGGACACCAGGGCGCAGAGCAGUGCGAUGAGGCGUUGAACACGCACGUCAUGUGGACGCGCCGCGGGUUGUCCACCGAGGAUAUGACCAUCUAGGCUGCUGGCAUGCCGCAUGUGUCUGUCGACCACCAACCGGUGCUCAUGUCGACCACCGACUGGGGCGCAUGUCGCGCCUGAUCAUGUUCUUUUGACAUCGCGAUUUCGCUGUUCGUGUGCAUUGUUUGCUUCGUUGUCGUUGCUGUUAGGGAAGAAAGAGGUUACUUUAGAGGUUUCAACAUAGUAACAUACUAAGUAUUGUACAACGGCAAUGAAUACUUGACUAAAGAACGCA